UUUACUUGAUAUACAAUACAACAAGGAAGAGUCACACACACAGACACCCACACCUCUCCCACCAUUUCACCUUCCUUUGCCUUUCUUUUUUUUUUGUUUUUGUUUUUUUUCUCUCUUUUUUCUACACCCAUUUGUGAGAUUCUUGCACUGCUCCUUUCUCUUCCACUGGAUUGUACAGAUUCCCAAUUAAUAACCCUUUUAAUCUCUUCACUUUUGAUUGAUUUUGGGCUUUUUCUGCUUUGAUUUUGCUCUUCUUCUUCUUCUUCUCCUGUUUUCAUUCAUCUUUGUUGGGGUUUUUCAUACUUUUUUAGGCAAAACUCUUCUGGGUCUUUGAGCUAUUGCUUGUUUCUGCAAAUUCCCCUUUCUGGGUUCUUUGCAGAAAAGGGUUUUGUGCCCUGUAGCCUUGCGUUCAUAUUAAAGCUUGAAGAACAAACCAAUCAUUUUUGUGUAAUUUUUGUGAAUAUUUUUGUUUUUUACCCAAUUUUUCUUCUGUAAUUUGCUUUAUCUUGUGGAGAAAUUUGUAAAAGGAAGAGAAGGGGAUGGGCAAGCAAGGGCCUUGCUAUCACUGUGGAGUUACAAGCACACCACUCUGGCGCAAUGGGCCUCCCGAUAAGCCAGUAUUGUGCAACGCAUGUGGAUCUCGAUGGAGGACGAAGGGAAGUCUUGCAAACUAUACCCCUCUUCAUGCUCGAGCAGAUCCUGAUGAGUACGAUGAUAAAAGGCUCUCUAGGUUGAAGAACUCGUCCGUGUAUAAGAACAAAGAAGUGAAACUGCUUAAAAGAAAGCACUAUCAAGAUCAUGGAGUUGUGGUUGGGGUUAUCCCUGAUCAUGCUCAGAGCUUCCACAAGGCAGUGGAUGAAGAUACAAGUAAUCGAUCAAGUUCUGGAUCAGCCAUAUCGAAUUCCGAGAGCUGUGCACAAUUCGGUGGCGCCGAUGGAAGUGAUCUGACAGGUCCCUCACAGUCGACAGCUUGGGAGUCAAUGGUGCCUUCGAGAAAGAGGACCUGUGUUGAUCGUCCGAAGUCUACUGCAGUCGAGAAACUCACUAAAGAUCUAUACACCAUUUUACGUGAACAGAAGUCGUAUUUCUCUGGAUCUUCUGAGGAGGAUUUGCUUUUCGAGAGUGAAACUCCAAUGGUCUCUGUAGAGAUAGGUCAUGGGAGCAUUCUCAUGAGGCAUCCAAGUUCCAUUGCUCGAGAAGAGGAGUCGGAAGCAAGCUCAAUCUCAAUUGAUCAUAAACAUUUCUCUGUAAACGAGGCUUAUUCAGAGUCGUCCAUCGUUCCUUCUACUCUUGGAAUCGGGAGAAAGCACUCUAACGGACAGGCGUUCUUGCAGGAGCAAAUCAAAAAGGACAGGCCUCAAUCGGAGAAAGUGCAAGCGCUUGGGAAUCAUAACUCGCCUCUCUGUAAUAUCGAUCUAACUGUCAUUCUAAACUUCAGAGAGUUUACGAAGCAAUUGACGUGUGAAGAUCAACGAGAAUUAAUGAAGUAUUUGCCUUCUGUUGAUACUGAAGAGCUUCCAGACAGCUUGAAUAGCAUGUUUGAAAGCCCCCAAUUCAAGGAGAAUUUGAAUUCAUUUAAGCAGCUGCUCACUGAAGGAGUCUUCGAUUUCUCCUUUCCGGGUGCUAAACGAGAAGACUGCAAGACGUUGAGUCGACUUGUGUUGUGGGAUUUGUCUAAAUCAAAAUGGGUGGAACAAUACGAUCGACUUAAGAAAUGUUCUACUAGCUUUGUGGAUGACAAGAGAUUGCUUGAUGGUCAAAACAAAAAGUUUUCAGAAACAAGGAUUACAAUGACGAGUCCGAGAAGGGUGACGACGAAGACUAGCGUAGAAAGCAAGGAACUCGUUGACGACAGUUUUUGCUUUAGUCCAAGAAGUUUAUUUGCUUUGCCAUCUGAUGGAAGUUCCUUCACAUUGGAAUCUCUACAUUUUGAUGAGGAUAGUUUUGACCAGGAUCUCUUGCUCGAUGUGAGGUCGAACAGCUCGUUCCCACAAGCGGAACUCCUGAGUUUUGGUGGUGAACAAGCAAGCAAUAGUAGUAGUUCGAUAAAUCUACGACUUAUGCAUCGUUGAAUACUAAAGUUUUAUAACUUAAAAAAGCGUAUUUCUUUUCUUGCUUGAUGAAGCUGGAAAUGAGAACCGUCUCGAUAUGGGUUAUGGUUGAUUUCUCGUCUUUACCCUCGAAUCACCCUUAUAAACUUGCAUCUAUAAGGGGCGAUUUGGGUAGUUUUUUUUUUUUCGUUCUUUUGUAAAUGCUAUUGUUGAAUGUAAUAUGACUGUAAUAGAUGGCUCCCUUCGAAGAAUUUAUAAGGUUUAGAUUUACGUA